GAAGGCUUUUAAGAACUCUAGUUUAUCCAUCAUCAGUGACAGCCAUUGCUCUUCAUCCGCUAGAGCAUUUCUUGUUUUCUGGUAGUGUAAAUGGAAAAAUAUUUGUUAAAGUGCUUGAUGUUGGAGCAGUUGAGGAUUUGUUCGUCACUAUGGAAGAUCAAGCAUUUGUGCUAAAAGGACACAAUGAGUCAAUAACUGCAUUGACUAUUAGUGGAUUUCAUCUGAUAUCUGCAUCGGAGGAUUUCACCUUCUGCCUUUGGGAUAUAGUCAAUCUGGUUGUCUUCAGAAGAUUCAACAAUAGACAAGUUGCAUUGACUAAUAUGGUUGUGAUUAAGCAGUCCUCAUUACUUCCCAUAUCAAGCUAUCAAAGAGUUCCUAAUCAAUUCCAGGUUUCUUUGCUCCAAAAGUAUCCUCAGCCUUCCAACUCAUGCACGGGAAUCACUAUGUUCCUUUCUUCGCUGGCUUGCCAUAACAAGCAAACUCCCAUUCAUUUGCAUGGAAAUAAUUUGCUCGCCCUCUUAAUAUCUGGUUUUGAUAGGCAACAAGAAGAACAAAGACCUGCAUUGCUGCAAAUGAAACUGGAGAAAAACAUAGACGAUUGA